CUUUAAUCUCAUUUGAUCCUGUCAUAGUACUCCUGAAACAAAUGUGUCUGUUUUCUAAAAACUCUCUAAUAGUGAUGAACAGGACAUGGAGUAAACCAAGAAAGAGCCAAUCAGGAGCCUGCAGGGAGCCAGAGGACUUACUCUCUGCCUUCCAAGGUGUUUGCUGGCUCACUUUGCUUAGCUUUGCAUCACAAAUUUUGCCUGUAGCAGCCCAAGUUGGCUUAAAAGUCAUAUAAUCUGUUAUAUAUAUGCUGUUCUAAUCAAAUGUCCCAAAACAUCCUGCUCCUGUUUGUUUUCGUGUUUUCUUCUUUUUUUUUUAAUUUUGUCUUCCACCUAUCAACGAGGACUCCUUUAUAUUUGAGGGAUGAGUUUUCACAAUUGACAGUCCACACAACAACCCUGUAAGGUAAGACCUAUUAUUAUCACCAUUUUUUACAGUUGAGGAAGCUGAGGCAGACCGUGAUUAAAUAGCUUGUGUAGGAUCACACAGCUCCUAUUUGAAUCCAGAUUUGAACUCAAGUCUUCUUGACUCCAGGCUCAGUACUCUAUCCACCUAGCUGACCUCUAAGGAGGGAGAUUGGACUCGGAGAGACUAGUCAGGAACCUGGUCCAUACAAGAGGUGAUGAUGAUCUGAACUAGAAUCAUGACAAUAGAAAUAGAAGGGGGAAAUGGGAAUGGCUCUGAAUUGGUGAUGAUUUCUUUAUCUAUGAAACAAUAUUACUAUCAUCACCAACAACAAUUUAGUGAGUUUCCUCAGAGGUUAGAUGUGAAGGGGGAGUGCUGGGGAGCACAUGUUUUUAAAAAAUAGAAAAAGAUCCAAUCUCUAUUUUAGCAACUGAUACUUGAAAUGAGGAGAGGGGAUAUAUCAAGUUUGUUUUUUUUUUUUAAAUCUCUAAGAUCUAGAUUUCUCUAAGCAGCUGAAUUAUUUGUAUCUUCUCAUGUCAUAUCUUCUAAUGGUGUCAGUGAACAGAAUAAUUAUUGUGGUUUAACUAGGCUUCAUUGGGCAAAUCUGUGAUACAUGUGGAACAGCCAAAAAUCACAAAUCAACAGUAAUUUGUGCUAUAAUGAUGAUUAUUGAGGCUCUGAUAGGUCACUGGAGCCCUAUGGAUUUUGAUAUCACCAGUUCCAUUUGAGAAAAUAAUAACCUAAUGUUAUUCAUGUUUUGGCAGUGAACCAAAAAGGGAGGCUAGUCCUACAUUUUCCCUUUCUCCUCUCACUUUUUUGUCUUAUAAGCGGUUUUAACCACAUGUUGUCCAGACAAACAAAAACUCUAGUCCCAAGAGAGGACAGUCCUCCCAACUGAGCACCAGUCUCAGGCUACAACAAUUUAGACACAGAGAGAAAGGAAGACAGUGGUUUCUGACUUGCACAGAGACGGGUCCUUGUGGAGGAGUAAAAGGCUUUCUUGAAACAACAAUAGCAACUCCUGGUUAUCCAAACUCAAGAGAGAAGAAAAAGGGGGUGAGUGGUGUUCAACAUCUAUAGGUGGUAUGGAACCAUAAGCCACCUCUGAACACAUUGCAUGAGAUAGAGGGCCUGAAAUUCUCUCCACUCUUCUUAUCAAAAAAUCCGUCUUGCCAUCAUGAAGAUUUUAUUCCAGUUACAGAUGUUCAGGUUCGUCGGGAGUCCAAAGUUACCUGGGAGGUAUUUUCAUCAAGGCUCCCAGGUUUGGGCUCCUCUGAAUCUUUCUGACUUUGAAGCUAUAAAUCGCUGUGAACGGGACUUGCCAGACCACUUUAACUUUGCUGGGGAUGUACUGGAUGUUUGGGCUCAGCUGGAAAAGAAAGGAGAGCGCCCUCCCAACCCAGCGCUCUGGUGGACUAACGGCAAAGGAGCAGAGGUGAAAUGGAACUUUGGAGAGCUGGGUCUCUUAUCCCGCAAAGUAGCCAAUGCCCUCUCCAGCUCAUGUGACCUCCAGAGAGGAGAGAGAGUUGCUGUGAUUCUACCCAGAAUUCCAGAGUGGUGGCUGGUCAAUGUGGCUUGUAUGCGAACAGGACUUGUCUUCAUGCCUGGGACAAUCCAACUGACUGCCAAGGACAUUCUCUACAGGCUACAGGCAUCCAAGGCCAAAUGUAUUGUCGCUAGUGAUGAGGUAGCCCCAGCUGUGGAUUCUAUCGUAUCCAACUGCCCUGCUUUGAAAACCAAGAUUCUGGUGUCAGAAAAUAGUCGCAAUGGAUGGCUAAACUUCAAUGAGAUAUUUAAAUCAGCCUCUGAAGAACAUAACUGCGUGAAGACAGCAAGCCGGGAACCAAUGGCUAUCUAUUUUACCAGUGGAACAACCGGUUCUCCCAAAAUGGCCCAGCACUCACAGAGCAGCCUUGGUAUUGGGUACACUCUUUGUGGAAGAUACUGGUUGGAUUUGAAACCUUCAGAUAUCAUGUGGAACAUGUCUGACACUGGCUGGGUGAAGGCUGCCAUUGGUAGUGUCUUUUCGACCUGGCUUCAAGGAUCCUGUGUCUUCGUGCACCGCAUGGCCCAGUUUAAUACGGAUAUCUUCUUAGAUACUCUCAGCAAGUACCCCAUAACCACUCUCUGCAGUGCCCCAACUGUAUACCGGAUGCUUGUACAAAAAGACCUUAAGAGCUAUAGCUUCAAAACCUUGAGGCACUGCUUGACUGGAGGGGAGCCACUCAACCCAGAAGUUAGAGAACAGUGGAAGAACCAGACAGGACUGGAGCUGUAUGAAGGCUAUGGACAGACAGAAGUGGGAAUAAUCUGUGCCAAUCAGAAAGGUCAAGAAAUUAAACCUGGAUCAAUGGGAAAGGGAGUGCCACCUUAUGAUGUCCAGAUCAUAGAUGAAAAUGGCAAUGUUCUGCCACCUGGUACAGAAGGGGAAAUUGCCCUUAGAAUGAAGUCUACAAGACCUUUCUCUUUCUUCUUGGAAUAUGUGGACAAUCCAACAAAGACAGCUGCCACCAUCAGGGGAAAUUUUUAUGUUACUGGAGACCGAGGGAUAAUGGAUAGUGAUGGUUAUUUUUGGUUUGUUGGAAGAGCUGAUGAUGUCAUCAUAUCAUCUGGGUACCGCAUUGGUCCAUUUGAAGUUGAAAGCGCCCUAAUUGAGCAUCCAGCUGUUGUCGAAUCUGCUGUAGUCAGCAGUCCAGAUCCUAUCAGAGGAGAGGUGGUGAAAGCUUUUGUGGUCUUGGCUGCACCCUAUAAAUCCACCAAUACAGAGACAUUGACUCUGGAGCUUCAGAAUCAUGUGAAAAAAGUAACCGCACCUUACAAAUACCCCAGGAAGAUGGAAUUUGUUCAAGAACUACCAAAGACCAUCACUGGAAAAAUAAAACGAAAUGUACUAAGAGACCAAGAAUGGGGACGAGCUUAACUUGACCAGAAUGAAGAGAUGCCUCUUGUGCAUUUACAUGGCAUUCUUUUGUCUGCUUUUACUUUUACUUCUUGCUAUCUUAACCAUAUUCUCAUGACUGGUUACUAUCAAAUCACAGUACUGUACAAUGUUAGUGGGGCUUAUUUUCCCAUUUGAAAAACUAAAAUGUUAAAUCUCUGCUUUCUCUAACCAUCUUUAAGCCUUAAAGUAGUCCAAAAAUAUUUAGGAAAUGGCCUUUUAAUCUGUAGAGCCAAAGAAUUAAAACUAUAUUUCCAGAAAACUAUGUUCUUCCAUUCUUCACAUAUUUAUUUUUUAAAUUGACAAAGCAUCUAUGUUUUAGAAGCUCAUUAGUUUCAAAGAAUGGAUUUUUCAAGUUUUAAAAAAUAUAAUUUUAUGCCUUUUAUUUUUAACACCAAAUAAUUCAUCAAAACGAACAGACCCAGCAACCACAUGAUCACAAGUAACUCUCCAUACUCCUGCUUAUUUUAUCAUCUGUCCUUCAUAACCAACACUGGUCAUUGUAGGUAAUCAGAGUUCAGCUAGCUUUUAAGUAAUAUUUUCAUCUAAAUUAUUGUAGUUAUUGGAUAUAUUGUUCUCAAUUUUAUGGCUUAUAGUAGAACUGCAAAGAACAGAUACUCUUUGAUUUAAAGAAAAUUCACUAUUAAAAUAUUCCAAUUUACAAAGCAGGGUGAUAAAACUUUUAAAAAGACUCUUUGCUUUAUAAAAGGAACU